GCCUACCAGUGGCUGUUGAGAGAGAGAGGCGCCAUUACCGCUGCUGAGCUCCCUCCCUCCGCGGCAGGUUUCUCCUUUCAGCGCAUUCCUCACCGAGGCACCGAAUCACCGAAAUCCGCUGAAAUAGGCUGAAAAACGGGCUCCGGGCCGCCUGGGACCGCAGCUGACCGCAGCUCCACCUGAAGCGGGCUCCGGGGCGGCUGGUCGGGCCGCGAUGGCCGCAUAUUGAGGGCUGAAAGCGGAGUUUAGUGGCUGUUUGCCUCCUCCUCUCCGUGGUAUGUGGAUCUGGGAGCGACCAUGUUAUUAGGCAGGUGAUACCAGACGCCGGCUGAUCUAUCCCAGCGUGAAGAGUUCAGGAUAGAAGAGGACACAGUGUUCACUGCAUCAUGAGGGUGGAAGAGCCUCUGCACCACUGACAGCCACAACUGGAAUGAUAUCCUGACUUCUUUCCUGAGAGUAACCGAGUUAGCGAUGAACGGGGGGAUAUAAUGGCCAAGAACAAGGAUGCUCGACCCCCGACAUUCGCCGUCAGCGUGGUUGGCCUCUCGGGGACGGAGAAGGAGAAAGGGAACUGCGGCGUUGGCAAGUCCUGCCUGUGCAACCGAUACGUGCGUCCGCACGCUGACAGCUACUACUCGGAGCACACCUCAGUGCUCAGCACAAUAGACUUUGGUGGACGCGUGGUGAACAAUGACCACUUCCUGUACUGGGGGGAGGUGUCCCAUCGAGGGGACGAGGGGUUGGACUGUAAAAUCCAAGUCAUCGAACAAACAGAGUUCAUCGACGACCAGACGUUUCUCCCUCAUCGGAGCACCAACCUGCAGCCGUACACCAAGCGGGCGGCGGCAACCAAGCUGCAGUCGGCGGAGAAGCUGAUGUACAUCUGCACGGACCAGCUGGGCUUGGAGCAGGACUUUGACCAGAAGCAGAUGCCCGAUGGGAAGCUGAACAUCGACGGCUUCGUGCUCUGCAUCGACGUCAGCAAAGGCUGCAAUCGAAGGUUUGAUGACCAAAUGAAGUUCGUCAACAGUCUGUACUCUCAGAUAGUCAAGUCCAAGAAGCCCAUCGUUGUCGCUGCCACAAAAUGCGACGAGUGCAUUGAGCAGCACCUGAGGGACCUGCAGGCCUUCGUCGCCAACAAGAAGAACCUGAUGCUGAUUGAAACGUCGGCACGCUCCAACAUCAACAUAGAGCUCUGCUUUAACGCCCUCAUCCAGCAGCUGGACAAAACGAGAGGGAAGCCAAAAACUGUGCCAUACCUGGAGGCCUACAAAGUCCAGCGACAGCUCGUAGCCUCGGUGACGGAUCGAUUUGAGAAAGUGAUGGUGCACAGUGUCAGAGAUUAUCACACCACAUGGAAAACUGUGAUCAAUAAUCUGAAGGGCCAGCCAGACUACGACGAGUUCAUCACCUUGGAGGGCUCCAGGAAAGCUCGAAACAUGUUCACAAAGCACAUCGCACAACUGAAACAGGAGCACAUCCGGAGGAGGAGGGAGGAGUACCUGACCACACUGCCAAAAACCCUCAACAACCUCCUCAACAACCUGGACGAGGUCGAGCACCUGUCCUGGCCUGAGGCACAGAGCAUGAUCCGAAACCGGCCCGAUUUCCAGUAUUGGUUCGUGAUGCUGGAACAAACGCCAUGGGAUGAGACGGACCACAUUGACAACAGCGACCGCAGGAUACCCUUCGACCUACUCGACACGCCCGACGGCGAGAGGAUUUACCACAGCCACGUCCAGCAUCUGCUGUCGGAAAAGAGGAGGCUGGAGAUGAAGGAGAGGUUCAAGAAGACGCUUGAGAGGGUUCACUUCAUCAGCCCAGGGCAGCCGUGGGAGGAGGUCAUGUGCUUUGUGAUGGAGGAUGAGGCCUACAAGUACAUCACAGAAUCAGAUAGAAGGGAUGUUUACUGCAGGCACCAGCAGGAAAUAGUUGAAAGGGCCAAAGAGGAUUUUCAGGAAAUGCUUUUCGAGCAUGCUGAGCUGUUCUAUGACUUGGACCUGAAUGCAACUCCCAGUUGUGACAAGAUGACAGAGAUCCACAGCGUUCUGAAUGAGGAGCCCAGAUACCGAGCGCUGCAGAAACUGGCGCCGGACCGAGAGUCGCUGCUGCUCAAACACAUCGGCUUUGUUUAUCAUCCCACUAAAGAAACGUGUCUGAGUGGACAGAACUGUGUGGAUCUGAAGGUGGAGCAGGUUUUAGCUAACAGGCUGGUGCAGCUCGACCACGGACGCUCCAAUCUCUACUACAACAGUGCCAACAUUGACAAAAUCAACCUCUGCCUGCUGGGGAAGGAGGGUCUGUCCCAGGAACUGGCUAAUGAGAUCCGAGCUCAGUCCACAGACGAUGAGUACACCCUGGAUGGAAAAAUAUACGAGCUGGAGCUGCUUCCUGUGGAUGUGAACUCCACGCUACUCUUCAGCCACACCUGGGUCUCCACUUUCAAACCUCACGGCUGCUUCUGUGUGUUCAACUCCAUAGAGUCGCUCAACUGCAUCGGCGACUGCAUCGGUAGGAUCAGAGCCGAGAUCGCACAGAGCCGGAGAGAGCGAUUCACUCAGCCACUGCCUUUCAUCCUCAUCCUGGCCAAUCAGAGAGACAGUGUUUGCAAAAACAUCCCCAUCCUGAGACACCAGGGCCAACAGCUGGCAAACAAACUGCAGUGCACCUUUGUUGACAUCCCCUCUGGAGCCUUUCCACGAAAAUUUACAGAGUUCCAGAUCAAGCAGGGGCUGCGAGCAGUGCUGGAGGGGCUGAAGCACAGCUUUGAUGUGUUGGUGCCACUGCCCUGCAUCAAAGACAUGUCGGAGACCGACCUCAGAAUAGUCAUGUGUGCCAUGUGCUGGGAUCCGUUCAGUGUGGACCUCAUCCUCUCGCCUUUCCUGGACUCUCACUGCUGCAGCGCCGGGCAGCCGGGUCAGAGCAACACUCUGAUCCUGGACAAGAUCAUUGGGGACAGCAGGCGGAGGAUUCAGGUCACUGUCCUCUCAUACCACUCUGCCAUUGGCAUCCGCAAAGACGAGCUGGUGCACGGCUACAUCCUGGUCUACUCUGCCAAACGCAAGGCUUCCAUGGCAACGCUGCGGGCGUUUCUGGCCGAAGUGCAGGAUGUGAUCCCCGUGCAGAUGGUGGCGAUCACCGACAGCCAGGCUGACUUCUUCGAGAAUGACGCCAUCAAAGAGUUGAUGACGGAGGGGGAGCACAUCGCCACAGAGAUUGCUGCCAAGUUUACGGCGCUGUACUCGCUGUCACAGUAUCAUCGGCAGACGGAGGUGUUCACCCCGUUCUUCAACGAAGUGCUGGAGAAGAAGCCAAGCAUUGAGAGCUCCUUCCUUUUCGACAGCUCGUCACGUGAGUGCACCACCGGAGCCAGUGAAGACGUCUUCCCCACCUCACCGCACAGCCAUUCCCCCGCCUACAACACUUACUACCCAGAGUCUGAUGACGACAAUGAGGCCCCCCCACCCUACAGUCCAAUCGGUGACGACGUCCAGCUGCUGCCGACACAGAGCGAGCGAGCCAAGUACCGCAUUGACCUGGAGGGGAACGAGUAUCCGGUGCACAGCACACCUGUCGGAGACCACGAACGCAAUCACAAAGUGCCUCCACCUGUCCGACCCAAACCUGUGCUCCCUAAACCCAACGUCAGAAAGCUGGACCCCAACCUACUCAAAACCAUCGAGGCUGGCAUGCGAAGCAACCGCAGGAUGCCUCGCGGCCCAGUGAUGCACACCGAAGACGUGGAGACGUCGGACAACUAUGCAGACCCCGUGGACACGCUCCGGUCCAGGGGCUUCCACGACGACAUAUACGCCGUGCCUGACGACGCUCACAGCCGCCUGGUCAAAAUACAAAACUCAUUCGGUGGGCUGCACAGCCUCCACGGAGGAGGUGAGGAGGAGAACGGGUUCGACCGCAAGUCUCAGGCUGGACGGCGGCCGUCCAAAUACAAACACCGCUCUAAAAUCUUGUUCAGUAAGACCAAGGCCUACCAAAGACGGUUCCACUCCGACAGCGACGGUGAGGAGUCUGGCCCCGCCACGCAGAAAAAGAAAAAGGGAAGAGCCCACCGGGGCAGCGAGGAAGACCCUCUGCUGUCGCCCGCCGACCCCUGGAAGGGCGGCAUCGAUAAUCCUGCAAUCACCUCCGACCCCGAGCAGGAGGACAAGAAGAUGAAGAAGAAGAAGACACCCAAGACACCAAAGGAACCGAAGAAGCUGAAGUCCUCCAAACCCCCGAAGCCUCUGUACCCUCCGACCCGGAGAACCUGGGAGAGUAACUACUUUGGCGUUCCGCUGCAGAACCUGGUGACUCCGGACCGGCCCAUCCCGCUCUUCAUCGAUAAGUGUGUCGACUACAUCGAGCGAACAGGUCUGACCACUGAAGGUCUGUACCGGGUCAGCGGGAACAAGACGGACCAGGACAACAUCCAGAAACUGUUUGAUCAAGAUCACAGCAUCGACUUUGUGGCGAUGGACGUGGCCGUGAACGCUGCUGCUGGAGCUCUGAAGGCGUUCUUCACCGACCUUCCUGACCCACUGAUCCCCUACAGUCUGCACCCGGAGCUGGUGGAGGCAGCCAAAAUCAUGGACUACAUGGAGCGUCUGCAGGUUUUGCGUGAGAUCGUGAAGAAGUUUCCGUCGGUGAACUACCAGGUCUUUAAAUACAUCAUCACACACCUGAACAGGGUGAGCCAGCACAGUAAAACCAACCUGAUGACGGCUGAUAAUCUCUCCAUCUGCUUCUGGCCGACGCUGAUGAGACCCGACUUUGAGAACAAGGACACGCUGUCGACCACCAAGCUGAAUCAGGCCGUGGUGGAGUCCUUCAUCCUGCAGAGCGACUACUUCUUCCAUGGCGGCGAGGUGGCCGAGAGCUCCAGCAGCGAGGGGACGCCGCCUCCACACUGCCACAACAUGGUGGAGGCUCUGCUGCCGCUGCAGCUACCUCCACCGCUGCAGCCCCAGCAGAUCCAGCAGAUCCAGCACACGCUGCCGCCUGACCCGCUCAUAUAGCAGCUUCUGGAGAUCUUCUGAGGAGCUUCUGAAGAACUUCUGGAGAUCUUCUGAAGAGCUUCUGGAGAACUUCUGGAGAUCUUCUGAAGAGCUUCUAGAGAACUUCUGAAGAGCUUCUGGAGGACUUCUGGAGAACUUCUGGAGAACUUCUGAAGAGCUUCUGAAGAGCUUCUGGAGGACUUCUGGAGAACUUCUGGAGAUCUUCUGAAGAGCUUCUAGAGAACUUCUGAAGAGCUUCUGGAGGACUUCUGGAGAACUUCUGGAGAACUUCUGAAGAGCUUCUGAAGAGCUUCUGGAGGACUUCUGGAGAACUUCUGGAGAACUUCUGAAGAGCUUCUGAAGAGCUUCUGGAGGACUUCUGGAGAGCUUCUGAAGAACUUCUAGAGACCUUCUGAAGAGCUUCUGGAGAACUUCUGAAGAGCUUCUGGAGAUCUUCUGAAGAGCUUCUGGAGAUCUUCUGGAGAGCUGAGGACUUGUGAGCUGAUCAAACACGUCCAGUCUCCUGUGGGCACAUAGCAACGCUGAGCACAGAGGUUCUCCUGAAGGAGCUGAACCAACUGAUCCACUGUUUGUCUUCCUGCACAGGAAACCUUUCUUCUUCUUCUUCUUCUGGUGGCUGAAGCAGCGAGCAGAUCCGUGGACUUGCAGACAUCUGGGUUAUUUUUGGAGGAGGACAACGGAUCUGGAGGACGAUGAAGGUCCAAACACCAAUUUCAUGUUUGUCAUGUUAGUUUUUGUAUUUUUUUAUGGUUUGUGUCUGCUGAGUGUUUGAGGAGCAGCAGAAGGAAAAAGGGAAGCAGGACAAAGAUGAUGAUGAUGAUGAAACCACUUGGAGGCAUCUCGACUCCUUCGCUCUUCGUUUCUUCUGCCGGUUCGUUGGAUGGAAACUUGCAUGUCUCUGUUUUUGCCACUUUAGUGAAACAACAAAAAAGAAACUAAAAGUUAAAAAAUGAAACUCUGAAGCUCGUGGUGGUUUAAGGGAACGUUUCUUCAUCGCUUCCUUCCUCCUCCAUCAACAAACCAAUGGUUAAUCUCGUAUUUUUGGUUGUUUGUGGAAUAGUUUCCCUAAAUAGAGGACAGAAGUAUAUAAAGUAUAAAUCUAUGAAUUAUCAGCAGAGGCUGCUUAGUGAACUACGGGGUACGGACUAUAACCUGGACAUUAAUCACCUGUUCUGAUGCUGUGUGAAUGAGAGUGUUAGCGGAUCAGUAACUGGUCAAUAACUGAUCAAUAACUGAUCAGUAACUGAUCAAUACCUGAUCAAUACCUGAUCAAUAACUGUUUGGCUCGUCCCACACAUUAAAGUCUCUCAGCUCUUUUCUUCAUCGUCGUUUAACUGAAACAGAAAAUAAAAUGAAACUUUAAUUUUCAUCUAAACUCUUUAAACCUGAUUCAGAUCAAAACUCUAGUUUAUAGAAAAUACUGCAGUACUGCAGAUAUUUAUACACACAGAAGUAUUCUACUGUAGUAUUACUACUAGUAUUCAGUCUGAACCUCCUGAAGGAAAACUGCCAUUAAUCUGGAUCCAUCAGCUGAAAGAAACCAGGAAAAACUGAUCCAUGAUCAGAACAGUUCCUGAUUGAUUUCAUGGAUCAAUUGUUUGAAUGUGGAAUAAAGUUUUCAAUAAAAAAACUGAAUUUAUUUAAUUUGAGAUUUUCUUUAAAUUUAGAUGAAAUUGUCUCCAGUUUUAAAUCAUCGGUUCUGGUUUCUGUUCCUGUUUGUUCUUCUGCUGCUUCAGGUUUAAUUCUAAAGAGUUUAAAGUUAAACUGAAUGUUGGGAUGAAAUCAGAAUCCAGAGAAACAGGAAAAAAGUUCAGUUCAACUCUCAGACAUAGAUCUGUUCAACAUAGAUCUGAUGAAUGUAGCUCUAUCCAUCAUAGAUCUGUCUAUCGUAGAGCUGUUCAAUAUAGAGCUGAUGAAUGUAGAUCUAUCCAACAGAUCUGUCCAUCGUAGAUCUGCUGGACCGUGUCCUCUAUGACUCCAGAUGAAGUAUAGUCUUUGUACACUAACUGAUCUGUUUAAACCACUUCUACGUCUUAAAGCUCUUUUUUCCCCUCCAGCUGAGAAACUCUUUGUCGGCAGAAAACUGGAACAUUUUCAUCGUUUGUUCCAGGAAGGUUCCAGAUGUUUGUGGUUCUGCUGAUGAAAGUGAUUUUAGGACGUUUAGCUCUCAGGAUGUUCGACUGUUUAAAGAUUCAAACUUUUCCUUUUCUAAUAAUUCUAACGUUGAGCCAUUCAAACCACUUCUAGAUCAUUAACUUUACCUCCGUUCUAUAUUUUCAUUGUCUGCAGAAAACACCAAAUGUUUGUCUGGUAUAAAUGUGAUAUUUUUACAUUUUUAGCCCUCAAAGCCACUUUUACAUCAUAAAACUAGAAAUAUUUUCCCUCCAGUAGUGAAACAGGGAUUCUAUUUGCAGAAAACUGAUUUAUUCUCUCUGCUUCAGGAACAAAAAUGACAAAUAUCUGUCAGUUCCAGCCUCCAAAUGUGAAACUUGUACAAUUCUAAUGUGAUAUUUUCACAUUUUCAACCACUAAUAGUCAGAAGGAGAAUCUGAAGCCUUGAACUGGAGGAAUUCAUGAACAACACCAACCUGGAGAGUUUUAACAGUCAGGUGUUAGAAACAGUUUGAAGAGGACACCAGGAGGAAUAAAAAGUUUUUAAACAAUCUGAAUUUGAGAUUUAAAGGAUAUUGGAUGGAUCUGAUCUGAUUAGAAGCAGUGACGGGACGAAGCCAAACGGAGGUUGUGAGUGGAUGAAGCGUCUUUUCUUUGUGGGAUAACAAAGGUUCAGCUGUUGGUCUGUAGUUUCUAUCAAUCAGCUGUUUUCCGGUUUCAUCCGGUGUACAAACCAGGCCACUCUAACAUCCGCUCUGUAUUAUAGUAAAUAAAAGGAUUUUCACAAAUGAAAAACUCUAAAAAUACUUUUUCUUUUCUCUCCAUAAUGUUUCCAAAUAAAGUUUCUUUUUUUUCCAAACUGCU